UUCAUGAACGGACACGUCACGAAGGUCGGGCUGUAGCUGACGGAAAAAUGGCGACCAUCUACAUCAGUCUCAGCUUGCACACCACCCCUGAGAAGUUUUACAUUGAGGCAUGCGAUGAUGGUGCCAACGAAGUCCUCACCAUUGACAGGGUGUCCACAGAAAUGACCCUCAUAGGGAGGAAGGACAUCCCUCCGUCAGCUGUGACCCGGCCGAUAUGUGGCAUCAUGGGAACGUUGCGGCUGGUAGCAGGCAUGUACCUCGUUGUGAUCACAAAGAAGAAGAAAGUCGGCGAUCUUCUGGGUCAUGCGGUUUGGAAGGCUGUGGAGUUUGACGUGAUCUCCUAUAAGAAGACCGUGCUGCACCUCACCGACAACCAGAUGCAGGACAACAAAGCCUUUCUCGCUAUGAUCAAUAACGUCCUGAACACAGACGGUUUUUACUUCGCCACAGACUACGAUCUCACACACACCCUACAGCGUCUGGCUAAUACCAGUCCUGAGUUCCAGGAGAUGAGUCUGCUGGAGAGGGCAGACCAGCGGUUUGUGUGGAACGGUCAUCUCCUGAGAGAGUUCAUUGCACAGCCAGAGCUACACAGGUUUGCCUGUCCUGUCGUCCAUGGCUUCAUUGCAAUGAGGACCUGCUGCAUCAAUGGCAAAUACUUUGACUGGAAUCUCAUUUCCAGACGGAGCUGCUUCCGCGCCGGGGUGCGAUACUACGUCCGAGGAAUUGACUCUGAGGGUCAUGCCGCCAACUUUGUGGAGACGGAGCAGAUUGUUCAGUAUAAUGGUGCAAAGGCCUCUUUUGUACAGACACGAGGCUCCAUUCCUUUCUUCUGGUCCCAGCGACCAAACCUCAGAUACAAACCCAAACCACAGAUAAGCAAGUCUGGCAAUCAUCUGGAUGGGUUCCAGAGACAUUUUGACUCCCAGAUCAUAACCUAUGGCAGACAAGUCAUUUUAAACUUGGUUAAUCAGAAAGGCUCAGAGAAACCUCUAGAACUCGCUUUCGCCAAGAUGGUGGAAAGCCUUGGCAAUGGCAUGAUCAAGUACGUGGCGUUCGACUUCCAUAAGGAGUGUAGCCGGAUGAGGUGGCAUCGUCUGCAGAUCCUUGUGGAAAUGGUGGCUGAUUUACAGAACGAGUUUGGCUACUUCCUGGUGGACGCAGAUGGAGCAGUCCAAGUCCAGCAGGAGGGGACGUUUCGCAGCAACUGCAUGGAUUGUCUGGACCGUACCAAUGUCAUCCAGAGUCUGCUGGCCAGGCGAUCACUGCAAUCUCAGCUAGGGAAGAUGGGGGUCCUUCAUGUUGUCCAGAGGAUUGAAGAUCAGGCUGAUUUUGAAAAGAUAUACAAGAAUACAUGGGCUGACAAUGCUAACGCCUGUGCCAAGCAGUACGCAGGCACAGGAGCGCUAAAGACAGACUUCACACGGACAGGAAAGAGGACACGGUGGGGUCUGCUGAUGGAUGGCUGGAACUCCAUGAUCAGAUACUACAAGAACAACUUCUCUGAUGGCUUCAGACAGGACUCCAUUGACCUGUUCUUAGGGAACUAUGCAGUGGAUGAGCUGGACAUCAGCACUGCUCUUCAUGAUCCCAAAGACUGGAAGUUCCUUACGCUGCCGAUCAUCAUGGUAGUGGCAUUCUCCAUGUGCAUCAUCUGCCUUCUGAUGGCUGGUGACACAUGGACGGAGACGUUGGCGUAUGUGCUGUUCUGGGGCAUGGCGAGCGUGGUCACGGCUGGGGUCAUCCUCUUCAAUGGGCGGGACUUUGUUGAUGCACCUAAGCUGGUCCAGAAGGAGAAAAUGGACUGAGUGUGCGUGUGUGGAAAGCAGCUGGGUCCUGGUGACUCCUCUUCAUCCUCGUCCUCAUCCUCUGCCCUAUCCUACUCUCGCCUACGCCAUGGCUGGAGCCUGUACUGAUGCCUCUCCAUCAUAGUCAUCGUCGCACACAGUGAGAGAGAGUAAAAGGAGGAGGAGGAGGAGGAGGAGGAGCGGAGCCAGGCGGGGCCACAGUGGGGUGCGUUAUAGAGACAAGUGGUGUUAACCACACACACGCACGCACGCUGCUCUCCACACGGCAGUAUCAUCUCAGAGCACCAGCUCAUCUCUGACUGGACAGAGGAGAGCGCUAUUCCUUGGCGCAAAGCUACACUGGCAAGACUAGAGCCCUAAAGCCCUUUAGGUUUUGGUGAGCUCCCCUACUCCUGUUCCACUCCUAAGGCCGUGUAGUCCCUUCUAAUAAUAAUGUAGCUCUUAUUCAAUUCUAGAAUCUUGAUGAGAAUUCCAGAAUCACGUACAAAAAACCCCCCCGAAUUCUCGAUCAGUGACGCAUUCUGGCCCCCACCUUUCUGGCACUUCCACAUUAAACUCUGUGUUUGAUGGAUGCAUGUUUUAGCUGUCGUGCCAGUAGCUGGCAUGCCUGUCUACUGAUUCAUGCCCCUCACUGUUGUCUGUCAAAUAUGUUAAGGGUGAUUUCUCUGCCUCUGUCCACACAUUUACAAGGUUAUUGAACAUUUCUCAAUCAGAGGCAGGCUACAUCUUUGAUGGCCAAAGUGUUAUUUAAUGUGUGUCAAUUUAUCAUAUGGUCUUCCCGCCAUGAGACUGCUGCCUUGCCAUGAGUUUCUAUCAGUGAAAUAUUUUAUCUGAGCUCCGUCAAUAUCAUGAUCUAUUGGAGAGACAGAAAGUUUAGUUAGACCGAACUUGUUCUAGACCAUGGUCUGAGACCACAACACACACACUGGGACCAAGAGUCUUAAUGAUGGUGAUAUGCUGCUGGUUUAUGGGGAUGUCAGAGCUCCAUCCUUUCCUUGCUGACUGAGGUUACUGAGGAUGGAUGAAUCUGCUUGCCACUGACCCAUGUAACAUUUCUAUUGCAUCCCUCCCUCCCUGCAAUGCACCUGCUCCCCAUCACUGCACACUUGCCCUUAUCGCUUACUCAUUCUCUCUCUGGUUGGUUGUAGCUUUGUAAAUUCCAUAGGGAUGAUCGUUUGCCUUAAACUGGGGAAAGGAGUGCCAACCUGUGCAUGAGGGAGAAAUGUACAUAAACAACAUUCUGUUGUGCAGGAUUUCCUUGGUAUGUCUAGGAUCUGCCUUAUCGGAGAAUGUAAAAGUAAAGCUGUUAUUAUUGUUAUUAAAUUGAUAAUCAUUA